ACAGGAAAUGGAAUCGGGAUAAUCAACGGCCAUUUUGGAUUCUCCCUUGUGUUCUUGUUGCUGCUGUUCAGAUGUAAUGAUGUCGCAGGACAGAGGGGACAUCACUGGGCCACAGGUCCUUGGGGUGACUGUGAAAAUGAACGCUGUGGAUUUGGAGGAACACAAUACCGAGAAGUGUGGUGUGAGAGUGAGAGAGGGCACCCUGUACAUUAUUCCUACUGUGGAUCUUUCCACAAACCUUCAGAAUUUGAAACAUGUUAUAAAGACUGCAAUGCAGAGAGUGUGAUUCUGGACAAGAACUACGGUGAACGUGAUUCCUGGUCACAAGGAGUGGAUGUUGUGUGGUCCGUAUCACCAUGGAGCACAUGUAAACUUUCUCCCGGAAGUAAAGCCUGUGGGAAAUAUAAUGGAGUUCAAACACGAAAAGUUAUCUGUGAGCGUCGAGACAGUCAUAUAAGAGUUGAGGAGCAUUUAUGUCAAGUACAUGAACGAAAACCAAACAGGACACAACCAUGUGAGUUGCUAUGUAAGCAAGAUUGUAUAGUUUCUUUAUAUUCCAGUUGGAGUAAAUGUGAUUCUACGUGUCGUGUUCCAAAUCGGUCAAAGACAAGACGGAUUAUUGUGCCUCCAAGACAUGGGGGAAGACAUUGUGAGGCCUUCUCAAUGAUGUUGCCUUGUGAAAACUGCACGGAAACAUACACAUAUUCACUGGAACCCUGGGAAACCUGCCAGCCAUUCGAAAACACAUACAGGGAGAAUGUAAAAACCCAUCCACUCAUUGGAUACCAAAAACGGGUGAUCAACUGCCUCACCAGCAAAGGCACAAUAACCAAACUAAAAUUUUGCACAGACAAAGUGACCGAGCCCCUUCUUCAUCAGCAUCAAUCGUGCAUCAUUCCACAAGACUGUGUUGUCUCAGGCUGGUCACAGAUACAGCCAUUCAACAACAGCUGCUACGGAGAACACGGCAUCAACUCUGGGUACAUGAUCCGCACACUUUCAGUGUUACAGCUUCCUCUUGGAAAUGGUCGUGCAUGUCCAGAGAAGCUUCAUGAUGUCAUCAAGCUGGACGGAGAUGAUGUGAACAAUCUCAAGCCAUGCAGAAGAGCCAAGUGGAUCGUAUCGGGGUGGAACACAUGUGAGCCUGUCCCUGGCUACUCUCACUGUGGCAUCGGGAUACAGAGCAGGAAGGCCAUCUGUGUGGAGGUGGAUGAGGAGGGUCUGGAGCGUCCUGUGUCGGAUGUGCGAUGUGACAUCGCCAAGCGCCCACUCAUCUCACAGCGAUGUCACGUGGACUGCAACUGGCACUGCUCAGUGUCCCAGUGGACCACCUGGACCCAGUGUGAAGAUCGGUCCUGUGACGACAACGGCAAGAAAAGAACACUGCCAGACAUUACAGGAAAACGUUACAGGACCCGAGAAAUCCUGACCCUGCCUGGUCCUGGGGGUAACCCAUGUCCCCAUCUGAGUGAGACUCAGUCUUGUGUCCCCAAAGCAUGCUUCCACUGGAAUGUGACCCUCGGGGCCUGUGAGCCAUCCCAGAGGGGUGGAUGUGGGGUGGGUCACCGCACAAGGCACAGUGUCUGCAUUGACAGGAGAGGGGAUAGAGUGUCUGAGAGCUUGUGCUGGGAACACGAACAUCGGACGGAGGACUGGGAGGACUGCUACGUGCCAUGUUGGAAUGACUGUGUGUUGUCUGAAUGGGGAUACUGGACCACCUGCCCCGAACCUUGUACUGGCAGUGUCCCAACCACCAGAAGAAGGGAGAGAAGCAUUCUAGCCUUCAGUGGCAAAGAUGGUCAACCCUGUGCCCCCCUUCUGAAGGAGGAGGAGCCGUGCCCCGCCCUGGUGGAGUGUGCCAAGUACCGGUGGAAGCAUGGAGAAUGGGGCAAUUGUCUGCUGGAUAAGUCCACUCAGAUCUGUGGGCGGGGCAUCCAGCAGCGGGAUGUGCGAUGCUACAACCACCUGGGCCAAACUGUGCUGGAGCGAAGGUGUGAGGAUCGGGUGAAGCCCAAGCAGUCCCAGACUUGUACAGUUGAGUGUCCUAAAGACUGUCUGGUCACCGAGUGGGCAGAGUGGUCCAGCUGUGGAGUGGAGUGUCUCAACAUCAGGGCCCGCCAAAUCCUUCCCACACAGCAACGUCAGCGCUACAUCUUGCAGUUUCCAGAAGGCAGUGGUACUCCAUGCCCCAACAGUCUGUUUGAGGAGCGACAGUGUGUUCACCUGCCGAUCUGCGAGCAGUAUGAGUGGCACAAGUCUAACUGGAGUAGCUGCAUCCUCCCACCUGUCGUCCCUUACUGCGGCAACGGACUUCGCGCUCGGAACAUUUCGUGUCACCAUGGUAACGGAACCAAACACCCUAUCAACACAUGCCUGCUGGAAAUUGGCGCAAUGCCGGUGACCGUGGAAAAGUGCUACGUGGCAUGUGCCAAGGAGUGUCACAUCUCUGACUGGUCACCAUGGGAGAGAUGUGUAGGGGGGUGCAAUGGUUACAGAUUCCGGACACGCAAACUUUUAGGUGAAAGUCGUUUCCAUCCUGUUUGUCGACACAAGUACCAGCUUGAUGAGCAGGAGAAGUGCAAGUGUAGUCAGCUGCUUCCCAUGGUGAUUGGUGGGUGGUCAGACUGUAUCCUGGACGAAAAGGAAGACGUCAAACAGAGGUUUGCACAGAUGUCUCUCAAGUCUAUUCGUCACCGAGAUGCCAAUGAGUCCACAAGGAGUGAUCCCACACAAGCAUACUGUGGAAGUGGAAGAAGGUUCAAGGCCUACGCAUGUCAGAAUGACAGGAGGGAUAUGGAAAGUGCAGAUAAAUGCUUCAACUCAGAGUACAAGGAGGAGAUGUGUAUCGUGCCCUGUCCGGUGGACUGUGAGAUGACCGAGUGGAGCGAGUGGUCACAGUGCAGUGUCAAGUGUGGGUCUGGAAUGCAGCUACGAUUCCGCAGCAUCGCAACACAGCCAGCUGAUGGGGGCAGGAAGUGCCCUUCACUAGAUGGCACCCGGAAGGAGACCCAGAGUCGAGUGUGUCGGUCACCCUGUGAGUACCAUGUCUGGGAGGCAUCUAAGUGGGGGUCGUGUCGCCCCAUGACGGGGACCGGAUGUGGACAUGGAACACAGUCGAGAUCUGUCAGGUGUAAAACUAUCGGAGAGACACGACUGGCUGGAACGUUCCCCGAUGACAGUCUGUGUGAUCAGCAUGACAGUCCACAAGAGAACCAAGUUUGUCUACUGCCCUGCCCUGGGGACUGUGUGUUCAGUGACUGGACACCAUGGACAGCCUGCACCCAGCCAUGUAAUGGCCGCCAGAUCCAGAGAAGGUCUCGUAAACUUCUGCGGAAACCAGCAUCAUACUUUAUCAAGUCCCACAACAACUGCACACACAUGGCGGAACAGCGACCCUGUGUCAGGGGAGACAACUGUAUCGAGUACUCCUGGCAGCUGUCUGAGUGGACAUCGUGUUUGGUGAACAGCGGGCAUGAUGAGUGUGGUGUGGGACACAAGGAGAGGUACGCAUGGUGUCGAGAUGAGAGCGGCCGGACGGUCAACAACAUCCACUGUACAAAAAUCCAGGGUGAAGUGAUCGAGUCCAUGGUUGUGUCGUGUGAGAUACCAUGUGAUAACGACUGUCUGCUCUCUGACUGGUCAGACUGGACACCAUGCACAACAGAAUGUGGUCUUGGUGUUACACAGAGGAACAGGACAGUGAUUGAGAACCCUCUUGGUAAUGGUCGAAGAUGUCCUCCAGAGAGAGAGCUGCGCCAGUCCAAACCUUGCUUCAAGAAAGGCUGCUACCGCUGGGUGGUCUCUGACUGGUCAGAAUGUGAGGCAGAGACUGGAGUGUGUGGAGAGAGCAUACAGAGACGUAAUGUUUCCUGUGUUGGGGAAGACGGGGUGGCAGUUGAAACCAACAAGUGCCCAGUCGAUGUGGCCAAACUGGUUAUGAAGACAGUUCAGCCAUGCCAUGUGCCGUGUCCAGGAGAGUGUCUCAUGUCCAAAUGGUCCCAGUGGAGCGAGUGCCAUAUCAGCUGCCAAGAUUUCAGUCAUGAUUCCUCCCAGAAUAUUGGGGUAGGUUCGAUCUCGGCUAUCCUGGCCCACCCUCGACAAGACAAUGUGCCCUGCAGUGAGUUGGUAUGGGAGGAAGAGCCUUGCCAUGCCCAGAGAUGCUACUCCUUCUACUGGUUCCACACAGAAUGGAAUCGGUACGGGAAGAGAGAUGUGUGGUGUCAGAGAUCCGAUGGUCUUCAUGUCACAGGUGCAUGUGAUGAAAAGAUAAAACCGCCACAAACACUCAAAUGCCAACCACCAUGCCUAGCAGAUAAGUCGGAGUGUAUUAAUACUAACCUCUGCCGUUGUCGGGGCGAAUUGGAGGAACUCUACCACCCUGAUGGCACUAUUCGACUCUGCGUAAUGGACAAGAAUCAAACCACAACGAUACUCACCACUUCCGUCACUCUGCCAGCGGAUGGUGCCAGUAAUAUAUGGAUGUAUGCUGUGAUCGCAGUCGGCACCAUCUUCGUCAUCUCAGUGGCAGCUGCCCUUUACAACAUGUGUGAGCUGUUCCGUACCGGUCCACGUCCAAGACGUCGUGAUGGCAAAUCCAGCCAAAAUGACCUCAGAAGUUCUCAAAAUAUCAAUGAGAAAAAUGCAGAAAUGGACGCUCUAUACAAGCAGUGCAACCAGUCAACAAAUGACCUGAAUAAAGACCUUGAAAAAGUCCCUGACCACAUGCAGAAUGUACGUCUGCUGCAUGGAAUUACGGCUGAUGAACGUCCAACCAGGACUUCUUGUCCCCAUGUGUCGCAAAGAUUUUACGCAUGUUUGUUUUGUCCAAAGAAUCAUGAAAGUUCAGAAAAUGAACUGAAUCAAGCUAACCUUACUAAUGAGAGCACUGAGUUGACCAUACGAUCAGCAUGCCUUUCCAACCGUGAACUUGAUCUAGAUCUACCAUCCCCUGUGUUGUAUUCUAACAUUGGAGAGUUGCAGUUUCAUUCCAGCAUGUUAGAAGACAUAGACAGACACAAUGUUCCCAGUAGGUCUUCUGUAGAUCAUUGGAAUGAAGACAAUUCCUUAACCUCACACUUUGAACACGACUCCUAUGCAUGCAGCCUUAAUACAACUCAAAGUUUUGAUCGUGAAACUAACAAAUCAAGUGAUUCAAAGUUAUUUGGAGAUGACAUUAGGCGCGAUCCUAGUAUAGUUAAGAUGCAGAGUCAGGACUCUAAUGAUGAAGCGGUAUUGUCUUUGUAUGCGUUGCCACAUCGGUCCCGAGCUGCUGUGCACUCACCAGAAGACAACAGGGAGUUGGGAAGAAACAUGUUAGAACCUACCACACACUUAUGGCACAAAAAUCUCCGGCCCGUGAAGCCGUUGUAUGGUGCCAGAACCAGAGAUGAAGUCAACCUUGAUAAGAGGGAUCCUCAUGCUGGACCUCCUCCUCCAGUUCCUCCACGGCAGUACAGUGAAAGGAGCUCGCCCAAUGGGAGUUCAGAGAGACUUGAUGUGCAUAGCCUCAGCGCAGGCAAUAUCUGUGAUAUGGACAGGAACUCACGAAGAGGAGUUGCACAAAGACCAUUUUGGUCACCCCCGAUAAAAAAUGAUCGGACACAUCCCGUUGACAUGCGUGAAUCCCAGAGUGUGAAAACAAUCCCAGUGUUGAAAGUCAAUGGUGAAAUAACUGUGGACAAAAAGGAGACAACUGUUUAAUGUGUCCGUCACACAUCAUGUGCUUCAGUUGUUACACAGAUAUACUACUCAAAACAAUUGAAGAAUACGAUUCUUUCCGAUUAGUAUUGAAAAAUCAACAUAGUAAUCUCUCAUGCCAUAGUGACUGGUCACCAAUGUAAGGUCAUGAAAAAUGACAGCAAGAAGGAAAAGGCCUGGGAGAUCAACAAGACUGAUCCCAACUACAGCAUGUUGGCUUGAAAAUAUGUCUUGCCUUUGUGGUGGAUCGGAAGGAAAUGUUACAUAAAAUGGGGGAGGGGCAGCUAAAACUAAUACAGAACAAUCCCUGUCUGUAGUAAGAUAACAUUCCCUUAUGAAAGAAUCAGGUUUUCUAUCAAUUAUUUUGAGUAGUAAAUACUGAGGGUGAAUAAGGGAAUGCAUAAAAAUAGAAGAAAAAUUCAUAGUUGCAUUUAAAUAUGGAUAAUUUAUCAAGGUACCCAACACUAGUGAAAUGUCAGUAGUGAAUGUGUAAUCAUAUUGCCGACUAAAACGAGAUGAGUUAGCCUAGUGGUUAAGGCGCUGGUUCAUUGCACUGGUGGAAUGAUGUUAUAGUUUGAUGUCUGCCUUAGCUGGAAUAUUGCUGCAAGGCCGGCAGCCAUGACACUCUUGCUACUCAUUCCCAGCUGAUCCAAUGAGUUCA